AGCCUCCUGUUGAGGGCAAAUCUAGUGAGCUUCCCUUUCUUAGUUCGAUGACAUCAGGGAUUGACUGUGUUUGUCUACUCAUCUGACACAACAAUGGAGGGAGCCAAAAUCGCUACGACGCAAUCCGUGCAGGAUAUUUCUAAAGCGAACGUUUUAGCUGAAGGAUAUGACAAAAAAUGUAUUUUUUGCAGGAUUGUUAAUCAUGAGUUGGACACGGAACUUCUCCACCGUCUCUCUCUCUGCCUGAUGCUGCAUCUACUACAGGAUGAGGAGCUCUCCUGUUUCAGAGACAUCAAGCCUGGAGCUCCGCACCAUUACCUUGUUGUCCCGACUAAACAUGUUGGAAAUUGUAAAUCACUCCGCAAGGAACACCUGCCUUUAGUAAAACGCAUGGUGGAGAUAGGAAAGGAAAUCCUUCAGAAAAACGAUGUGACUGAUCUCAAUGAUGUCAGGUUUGGCUUCCACUGGCCCCCAUUCUGUUCGGUCACACAUCUUCACCUUCACGUUCUGGCACCUGCCAGCCAGAUGGGUUUCAUGUCUCGUUUGUUCUACAGGCUGAAUUCUUACUGGUUCAUCACGGUGGAGCAACUGAUAGAGCUUCUCAACUCUAAGGAAGAAACCAGCUAAUUAUGUACUUGGGAUCCAUUGUGGAGUUUGUUUCCAUGCGAUUACUAAUAGUGUUUAGAUUAAGAGACAUUGUUAGACAUUAGAUGUACAUUUUUCUGCUUGUUUUUUCUCCAACAUAAAAACAUAAACUGCUUGAAACUGAAAUGAAAGCAACUCAGGAUUUUAUACCAGGCAUCAUAUCUGCAUCAAUAGUGGUGAUAUUGUGUUACAGAAAUGACAAAUGACAUUGUUUGAAAGUACAGAAUUGCUAUUUGAAGGGAAAAAGCUUGAUUUAAUGUGAUAUUUAACUAUGGAUCAUCAGACAUAAGCAUGACAAAUAGUAAGUGGAGAACAAAUACAAUGAGUAUCUCAACUAUAUGACAUCAUAACUGCUGGGUAUUUUGUAACAUUAGAAACGAGUUAGACCAUUGAGUAGGAUCUACAUAAACUAUUUAUGAGACUCGUUUUCUUAUGGAAAUAUGAAAGUAAUCCUAAUGCCAGGUUAAAGACCGUUUUCUAAUAACCCUUACAAGCAGUAAAUAUUCAAAACCUUUUACAGGUGGGACGUCAUACAAUUUUUUCUGUCUGCAAGUUAGUGAUAUGGUGAGUCUUGAACAAACCCAAUUUCAAUGAGAUUGCCAUAAAAUUACAAGUUAAUGAUUUGCUAAAACCAAUAAAGUUAAUCAGUUUCUCUUUGUAAUUUCUUCAAUUACAAAUAGGUUGAACAUGAUUUGCAAAUCAUUGUACCCUGUUUUUUUAACACAACAUCCCAACUUAAUUGGAAGUGGGCUUGUAUUAUACAUUGCUCAACAACAGACAGUGCUGUGAAAUAAUAUUCACUAAUUUAUUAGACUUAUUCCAGAAAUAAAAUCGCAGUUUAAAAACAUGUUAUGUAUCAUGGGUUAUCGUUGUUUGAUAUUUACAUGCGUUCGAUAUUGAAUAUUGAAGUGGGGAAACAAUGCAUACAGACAAAAAUUUUGGAAGGGUGCAAAUACUUUUUUCACAAGACUGGAAAUUAUUAGGUACUUGACCUUUAAAAAGUAAAUUGAUAAAUUUUGAGUGAUUCUUGUGAGUAGUUACAGUAGUCCUCAACAUAAAUUAUGACACGGCUACACGCCCUUUGAAAAGUAAACUGAUCAGGUUUGCAGGGAACAUGAACAAUUAAAAAACUCGAGACUCAUCUGUGGUGGAAUCUUAAAAAAGGGAUUCAUGUGUACUCAUUUUCCAACAUUUGUUAAAAAAAAAAAAUCAACAUUUAGUGUGCACAUUGGCAAAUCAAUCUAUUACAGCAUAGCAAUGGAGCAAAAUAUGUGGCACUUUAGUAUAGCAUGCCAUAGAGAAGAUUUCUUUUUCCAUCAUCUCAGUUGUGGUGUAGCCUCCUCAUUUACAUUAUGCUGAGCACUGCAUGUUAACAGAAUGUAAAGACAGGAGAUCAUACUCUCUCUUUUUUUUUUAUCAAUGUAUGCACUUAAUGACGCAUUAAUAUACUGU